UGACUGUGCCCACAAGAUCAAUGCUACUGGUGCUGACCGUCUACGCUGUUUGUGAGAACAUCCGAGGGAGUUCGGCAAAGGUAUCAGACAACCCUACAUCCAACAUAGUAACUAUUGUGAAAAGAUUACAGAAGAAAGGCCAAGUCAGACCUAGAAGAUCCUAUCUUGAUAAUAGAAUAGAUACAUUGCCCUCUGAACCUGUAUAUUUCUCUCAACGAAACCACGACAGCUUCUCAGCCCACGAACUAGGUCGCAACUACCACCAGCAUUACGACGUUGACACAACGCAAGAUGCACUUCUCGGUUUACUAAAUCCUUUCGACUCAAAAGCUAGCCAGAAAGAGCAUCAACAUCUCCCAACCUCCGACCAUCGGAAACAUUACAAGCCCCUGGACCUAUCUAGUUUUCCGUUACCAGAAGAGGAUGACCUCGGUCAAGACGCCGGCUUUGAUUUCUCUAGUCUUCUCCCGCCCACAUUUGACGUCACAGCCCCGGUGUCAGAAAGGGCUAAACAGGAAGCAGACACUAUCAUGGACGAUUUCCUCAACUUUUUGGAUCUCAAAGCCAGUGGGGCACUUGAUCAGUGUCUAAAUCGGCAGAAAUAA